CCAGGUGUUUUAUAAAUCAAACAUAAACACACUUAACUACAGGUUAUGGCGUAUCUAUCGUCUUCUGCCACUUCUACAAGUAAGGAACUGUCACCACGCUGGAACCUCACUGUCAAAGUUCUCCGAGCAAAGUUUCUCAAAGCGUACGACUACUUUAAUCAGAAUGACCUGUACGUGACCUUGCGGCUGCCCACGGCCUCAGCUCGAACCUUGAGCACCAGGUGCAUUUCUAACUGCAACACACCGGAGUGGAACGAGGCCUUCCACUUCAGAGUGCAGAGCCAGGUCAAGAACAUUCUGGAGCUGACGGUGUACGACCAAGACGUACUGAGCGAUGACCUCUGCACCAGCUUCCUGUUCGACAUCAGCAACCUCACACUCGGUCAGAAGGAUACCAAGGUCUUCGUCGCUGAUGAGCAGACGAAAGACGAGCUGUGGGUGGAAUUUGAGCUUACAGAGAGUACUGAGCCACCUGAAGGCUACUUCUCAAAUGGAGUUCUAGUGGCCGCCCCUCUGUCCACUCUAGAGGUGAAAAUAAACAAGCUGCCCAGCACUGUGCAGCAGGGCCUGAUGCUGAAGUUGGCCGGUGCGUACAAGGAGGAUCAAGUGAUCUCGGCAUCCAAGAAAUCCAGUCUCAUGCAGUCGGUCCGCUACUACGUCAACAAAUACCUGGAGACAGAAAUUAAAGUCGUAAAGGAGGAAGAGGAGGACACUGAUGAAGCUUCGUUAUGUCUGGCGUCGGCUCCUGUGAGCCCCUUCACAUCCACACAAGAACUCUCUGUUCCCGUGGAGGCGGAGAUGGUGAGUUUACAGUUGAACAUGGUAGACAGCCCCGACGAGGAUCUGAAGGUGCGUCUGGAUUUCGACAUACCUGCGGCGGAGAAGGCCUUUCUGGAGAAGAGACGGGAGGUGGCGGCCCUCGCCCUGCAGAAAGCACUGAAGCUCAAAGCUCCUGUGAAUCCAAACAAGGCGCCUGUGGUGGCGGUGGUGUUUUCUGGAGGGGGUUCCAGAGCCAUGACGUCCAUGUACGGCUCUCUGAAAGGACUGCAGAAGCUCGGCCUGCUCGACGCCGUAACCUACAUCACCGCCGUGUCUGGCUCCACCUGGGCUAUGUCUCAGCUCUACAGCGACCCCUCUUGGUCGAAGGCGGACCUGGACAAGUCGAUCGCGCCUGUACAGAAGGAACUCUCCAAGAGCGUCAGCAGUCUGUUCACGCCCACGCAGCUGAAGUAUUACUACGCCGAGAUGCGGCAGAAACAGAGUGACGGGUACUCGGUCUCGCCCAUCGACAUGUGGGGGCUCACCAUCGAGCACCUCGUCUUCGGCAAGAAGCACACAGCUACACUGUCUGACCAGCAGAGGGCAGUCUCAGAGGGUCAGAACCCGCUCCCUAUCUACAUCGCUGUGAACCUGAAGGAGGAUAGCGGCGGCUCCAUGGUGCCUGAGUGGUGUGAGUUCACCCCGUUCGAGGUGGGAUUUUCCAAAUACGGGGCCUACGUUCCUUCAGAAAACUUUGGAAGCGAAUUCUACCUGGGUCACCUGGUGAAGAAGCUACCAGAGACUCGAAUCUCCUACCUGUUAGGAAUGUGGAGCAGUAUUUUCUCUACAAACCUGUCACAACUUUGGAGUUUGGCCACCGGAUUGAGUCCUUCCUGGACCCCCUGGUUAGCGGAGCGGACCAACAGCAUCGAAACAGAUAACAAGCGCUCGACGCUGGACACCAUGCGGGUCAGUAACGAAGCCUCGACUCUGAACAAGUUUCUGACCGGCCGUCCCUUCAUCAGCCACGUGUUCAACUUCCUGCGGGGAUUCUUUCUGCACAACUUGUACAGCGAAAACAACGAGUUCAACACCUCAAAAGACACACACCCAGAUGCUUUUCCGAACAAGCUGACCCCAAUGGACCCCAACCUCGGUUUGGUGGACGCCGGCUUUGCCAUUAAUUCCGGCUUCCCGCCGGUGCUACGAGCGCGCAGACGGGCCGACGUGAUCCUGUCCUUCGACUACUCCUGGACGGACGACCGGCUCAAGACCCUGAAGCAGACCCAGCAGUACUGCGCCGAGCACCAGAUUCCGUUCCCGAAAACGGACCUCAGCAAACUCAAGUCGGAGCCGGUGAGGGAGGUGUACGUGUUCGAGGACCAGGACAAUCCGGAGGCUCCCAUCGUGAUUCACCUUCCACUGAUUAACGUCACCUAUAAAGAGUUCAAAGCACCAGGCGUGAAGAGAAAAGGCGAGAAGGAGCUGAAGGAAGGGAACGUCGACGUGACCUCCAAUUGCUCACCGUACAUCACCAGCAACAUCACGUUCUCCCCCAAAGACUUCCAGAGCCUGGUGGACCUCAACGCCUAUAACGUCAUGAACAACAAGAACGUCCUCGUCAACACGCUGGAGAAAGUUCUGAGCAGAAAAGCCACCGGCUAGAGGCGCUCACAUCUUCACUCCAUGAACCAACCAGAAUAAUUUAUUGCACAUCUGUAAAACUGUGUCACUGUGCUACAUUAAGAACACAUUGUUCAGUCAGAUCAGCCUUUAUGUUUUACUUUAUAUGUUUAAAGUAUUAUAUUAAUAAA